AAUACUCCUCAUUUUCCCAAGUACUUUAUAAAUUGGGUUGAAAUUCAUCAUUACAAUCUUCAAAGCCUGUCAUUGAAGCUUCUUGUCAAUUUCACCCAUGGCUAUUUGAUUUCUGUCUAACAUUUCCGAGUCGACUCACUUACUCUCAAAACGCUAGCGCAACCGGCCAUCGAUUCAUACGUCACUGGUUAGGCGAUAUUCAUUCUCUGUUUUAUUGCUUCUCUCCCACAUUUUCUUGUUUCUUAGAUGAAGAAUAACUUAUCGAAGAAUCCUUAGCAAUGGAUACUGUGGCUGAGGAACAUCAAGAAGCCGAACAAAGUCAUAAGAAAGAGAAAGAAACAAACAACAUUAUUAGUGAAGAUGACAAUGGAGAAGCUAAAAAAGAGAAUGGGAAUGUGAAGAAGAAUGAAGAGCUGGAUCCAGAGUUUUUUAGCUGCUUGCUUCAGCCAAGCACCACAGGAAAUGAUACUGAUUAUGUUGGAAUUCGUCGCCUUCUUCUUCAUCGCAAGGCUCAAUCUGGUGUUCAUGGAAGAAUUAACUGGAGAUGUAAUGGUAAAGGUUAUGUGGCAUACCGUAACUUUAUCAACAAACCACGGAAUUGGGAGAGUCUUCUUUUGCAAAGCCGAACAAGUACUCCAAAUCAGAGUGGACGAUGGAUUGCAUCUCCAGGUCCACUUGCCAUUUUGUUUGAGGUGGACAGCUUGACCUCCAGCAGGGAUAUACAAAGUAGCUGCCAAGCAAGAAAUAGCUUUAGCUCCAGUACAAGUGACAAUGAUCAUCGUUUUGACCGACAAAGGAAGAAAGCUGAACCUGCGUACUCAUUCGUAGGAAUGCAUUGUAUCUUUGAUCACUGCAAAGUUGCUGUUACUGUAUUGAAGUUUGGGCACAUGAGUUCUAAUUUGCUUGCAUAUGGAGCAGCUGAUGGAUCUCUGACUGUGUGCUCUGUCUCAGACCCUCCUACAGUCACAAAGCAACUAAUAGGGCAUUCCAAAGAUGUCACAGAUUUUGACUUCACAUCUAACAACCAGUAUAUUGCUUCUGCAUCGCUUGAUAAAACUGUAAGAGUUUGGGAUAUAUCUAGAGGUAUCUGCAUUCGGGUUAUUUAUGGAGUCUCCUCGCAGUGGUGUAUAUGUUUUCACCCCGUGAACAAUAACUUCCUUUCAGUGGGGAAUGCAAACAGAGAAAUAAAUGUCUACAAUUUCAGUACUGGAAGAUCUAUUUAUAAACAAAUUCUUGAUGACGAGGUCACGGCAAUGGAUCAUGAUCAUACCGGCCAGCUUUUGUUUUGUGGUGAUGCUCAGGGAUGUAUAUAUACUGUAGCUAUGAAUUCUCAUACCGGAGCUUUAUCCCGUGUGCAUCGAAAUCGAAAGGGGAGCAAACAUAAGUCUCCAGUCACAGUGGUUCGGUAUCGAACUUUCUCUUUGCUGGCACGCGGUCCAGUUUUACUUACUUGCACUCAAGAUGGUAGUUUGGCAUUCUUCAGCGUGGCUUUGGAGGCGAAAGGCUAUUUGACACUUCGUUGCGCUCUCAAUUUAGCCCCAAGAGUGCAUAGGAUUAGAGCUUCCUUCUGCCCUUUGUUAUCCCUCGAGAAGGGAGAGUACAUAGUUACUGGAAGUGAAGACUCCAACGUGUACUUCUAUGACUUGACUCGUCCCACUCAUGCAUGCGUAAACCAACUGCAGGGUCAUGGUUCAUCUGUAAUAGGUAUAACAUGGAACCAUGGAGAGAACUUGCUGGCGUCGUCUGAUUCUGAUGGUACUGUUAUAGUAUGGAAGAGGGAAAAGACAAGUUAGCACUCUAUGGUGGCAAUCUUAGCAUCAUUCAAAUCAUACGCAAGGGAAAUCUAACAAUGUAGAUGAUGUAAACAAGAUUGGGUCGUAUGUAUGGAUUCAAUCGUUGGAUUGUUUUUUAUUGACCUUUGGUAAUAAACGAAAUUUAUUAGAAAUGAAGCAUAGAAGAACAUGAAUAUAUGUUUAAUAUUAAGUUAUGUUAUGUUUUUCUUAAUUAAAAAUAAGUUUGUAUUAGAUAGUAUUUUGUUUGUGUUAUGUUAAUUUUCUAUACUAUUUUAUUAAUUUAAUAAUAAAAGGAAAAGAAAAUAGAGGAUGGUGGUGUGUAUGGAUUUGGCCCAAACAAUCCAGCCCGACACCCCUCUUCCCACCCCUAGGCCGCCAAUGCCACCCUCCCAUCACCGGCUCCAGCACCCUGUCCCUUUUAGCCCUUACCAUUGUUAACCACAAUCAUGUUCCAGCCAUUGUUCUUACUUCCCCUCAACGACUCAACCACGCAUGUUUCGAGAAACCCAAACUUUUUCAACAUUAGAAACUCCAUUUUCUUUCCUAAUUUAAUAAUAACACCAAAAAAAUCAAAGUUUAUGCAAAAUAACACUCGAAUUAAGUAAAAGUUUC